AUUGAAGCCAACGGAGAACUCAAGGUCUUCAUAGACCAGAACCUGAGUCCUGGGAAAGGUGCUCUGCGUCCUUACAUGCCUACAUGGUAUCAAACCUCAAGAGCUUUGCCUGGCUUCCUCCUGGGCUGUGGAAGUGGCAGGGUUUUACCCAGGUGACUGGCUACCUCACUGUCCCAGGGCAUGGGUGUGGUGUCCCUGGUGGCCGUCCACCCGUCCACAGUGAACACGCUUGGGAAGCAGCUCCUGCCCAAAACCUUCGGACAGUCCAAUGUCAACAUCACGCAGCAAGUGGUGAUCGGCACGCCCCAGCGUCCGGCAGCGUCCAGUACGAUUGUGGUUGGAAGCCCACACACCCCGAGCACGCACUUUGUGUCCCAGAGCCAGCCCUCUGAGUCCUCGCCGUGGUCUGCUGGGAAGCGGAACAGGAAGGGCGAGAAGCACGGCAAGGGCCUGCGACACUUCUCCAUGAAGGUGUGUGAGAAGGUGCAACGCAAGGGCACCACCUCCUAUAACGAGGUGGCUGAUGAGCUGGUCGCAGAGUUCAGUGCUGCCGACAACCACAUCCUGCCCAAUGAGUCUGCUUAUGAUCAGAAGAACAUACGGAGGCGAGUCUACGAUGCCUUAAACGUGCUGAUGGCCAUGAACAUCAUCUCCAAGGAGAAGAAGGAGAUUAAGUGGAUUGGCCUGCCCACGAACUCGGCUCAGGAAUGCCAGAACCUCGAGGUGGAGAGGCAACGGCGGCUGGAGAGGAUCAAGCAGAAGCAGGCCCAGCUCCAGGAGCUCAUCCUGCAGCAAAUCGCCUUCAAGAACUUGGUGCAGAGAAACCGGCAGGUGGAGCAGCAGGCCCGCCGGCCACCGCCGCCCAACUCCGUCAUCCACCUGCCCUUCAUCAUCGUCAACACCAGCAGGAAGACUGUCAUCGACUGUAGCAUCUCCAAUGACAAAUUCGAGUACCUGUUCAACUUCGACAACACGUUUGAGAUCCACGAUGACAUCGAGGUGCUGAAGCGGAUGGGCAUGGCCUGCGGCCUGGAGUCUGGCAGUUGCUCCGCCGAGGAUCUUAAGAUGGCACGGAGCCUGGUGCCCAAAGCUCUGGAGCCGUAUGUGACGGAAAUGGCUCAGGGGUCCAUCGGCAGCGUGUUUCUCACAACAGCAGGCUCUGCGUCCAACGGCACGAGGCUGUCUGCCAGCGACCUGAGCAACGGAGCGGAGGGGACGCUGGCCACCAGCUCCAACGGCUCUCAGUACAGCGGCUCCCGGGUGGAGACGCCCGUGUCCUACGUCGGGGAGGACGACGAGGACGAUGACGACUUCAACGAGAAUGACGAGGACGACUGACACUGGACACCGCCUCCCUUCCUCUGUUCAGCUUCAGGAAUAAUUGUUUAGAAAAGAGAAACUUUUUUUAACAUGGGUUUUUCUUUCUUUUUGGCCUUCCCUUGCGAAGGCCCGUAAGCUGUGGGUUUAGACGCGCACCUCGGAUAAGCAAGGACUGUUCCGCACGGUUUGGAGACUGUGCGCGCGCGUGCGUGUUUGGUGCCGUGUGCUGAUGCAGAGCCUCUAUUUACCUUUUGUUUUCUAUUUUUCUUUUAGUUCAGAGUUGGUUUCUGUCCCUCAGCAGUGCUUGCUGGGGUUCUGAACACGUUGUACUUCACCCAUGCCAGUGACAAUAAUGAAGCGCCGUUCUGUCCUGCGGGGCCCAGCCCUGGCGCCCCGUUUACGGUGUGCUGAGUGGCGCCCCCUGCUGGCAGACAGCGGGACUCCAGGACGUGUCUUCGCUCUGUGAAAUCCCGCGGGGGCGGAAGAACCAAGCAGAUAACAAAACUAUGUUUAAAAUAUUGAGCACCAUAAAUUUUAUUAUGAUUUUGCUUUUCCUUAAAUUAUGUUAAUGUUGCAAACCCAUCAUACCUGCACACUUUUUCUGGUGCACCAACUAAUUGAGACGUGCUUUGUUUUUGUUUGGUAGACGUUACUGCCGCGCUGGAGCAGCUGUGGAAUGUGUGGAAGGGUUAUUGCUUAUGAUAAAAUUUGCCUGAUUUCUUACAGGCCGCGUUUGGAAACUUUUUAUUAUAUAGUUGUUUACAUACUUAUAAGUCUGUCAUUUAAAGACAUGCACCGGAACAAAUGUUGUGUUUGUUUCCCAAGCAUCUUCAUGUAUCUAUUAUAAAGUUGAAAUUAAACAUAGAGAAUGUUUUAACAGUUUUUUAACUCAAAAUUUGUCAAUCAUUUUUAAUAGUUCUUUUUUUAUAAAAAGAAUGGAAUUUAAGGACAGGCAGUAGUCUCUUUUAAAAUUUAUUCACAAAAAAACGUUAACUGCACAGUUGCUGUUAGCUGCCUGUUCUGAAACAAUAGUCUUUUUAUUGAAACACAAAUAAACUUUUCUGUAAUAUUUUAUGGAAUAUAAAGAGACUUUAAUUGUUUGACUUUAACUUGGCACUGUUAGUUUUUAUUAAUAAAACGCGCAUGGGCAUUUUAA